ACUAGAAACCUUUUUUUUUUUUGCUCAGACACCGCCCAGAGAUCAAAUCUAUAUCCCACUAUCCCCAUUUUUUACAGAGAGAAUCUUCUGGUCUGUAGAAACAUUAUCAUAACCAUCUCAAGAAGUUGAAAAAGAAAAAAGCAGGAAAAAACAAAAAACCAAGUGAUCACUGGCUAAUUUGGAUCAGCUUGCCUACCCAGGAUAAUAUCUGAAGUAUAGAGUUCGGUACAGGUGAGUAUGUCAAAUUCAUAUACAGCUAACGACAAGCAAGGUUGAAGAAGACGACCGAGCCCCAAUUCAAUGCAUGAGUUUUUGCCCACAAACUUGAAGCAGUGGUCACAGAAAUAUAUGGAAGGUUUGUUCAUGACUUCCAUGUGAUUCUGUGGAUACCUAGCCCUCCUCCAUUGAAGCAAGCAAGGAAGAAGAAGAAGAAGAAGAAGAAUAGCAAGAUCUAGGCAAGAACAUGGAAACUGAGCAGGAAGAGAUAGAGAAGGAGGAGAUGGAGAAACAGUGGGAAAAGGCCGAGGAGGUGAAGAGGUUACCUCCAUGGACAAAGCAGAUAACGGUAAGGGGAGUCAUUGCCAGCAUUGUGAUAGGGAGCAUGUACAGUGUGAUAGCUAUGAAGCUGAACCUCACCGCUGGGCUCACUCCUCAUCUCAACGUCUCCGCUGCCCUUCUCGGCUUUGUGUUCAUCCGGACAUGGACAAAGCUACUCCAGAGGACUGGUUUCGCGACAACUCCGUUCACCUGCCAAGAGAACACUAUGAUCCAGACAUGUUCAGUCGCAUGUUAUAGCAUUGCUGUUGGAGGGGGGUUCGGGUCUUAUCUUCUGGGGUUGAACAGGAAGACGUAUGAGCAGGCGGGGAUCGACACCGAAGGGAACUCACCAACUAGUAUCAAGGAUCCUGGGUUUGGCUGGAUGACUGGCUUCCUUUUUCUAGUUUGUUUUGUUGGCCUUUUUGUCUUAAUUCCUCUCAGAAAGAUCAUGAUAAUUGACUACAGAUUGACGUAUCCAAGUGGGACAGCAACUGCAGUUCUCAUCAAUGGUUUGCAUAGCCAAGAUGAUAAGCUGGCAAAGAAGCAGGUUCGGGGGUUCAUGAAGUACUUCUCCAUGAGUUUAUUUUGGGGGUUUUUCCAGUGGUUUUACUCAGGGAAAGAUGAAUGUGGGUUUUCGCAGUUCCCUAGUUUUGGAUUGCAAGCUUGGAAGCAAACGUUCUACUUCAAUUUCAGCAUGACUUAUGUGGGAGCAGGGAUGAUCUGUUCCCACCUUGUGAACUUGUCUUUGCUUCUUGGUGCUGUGCUGUCUUGGGGGCUAAUGUGGCCUCUCAUCGGUAAUCUUAAAGGCGAGUGGUUCCCCAAGAAUUUGCCAGACAGCAGUAUGAAGAGUCUAAAUGGUUAUAAGGUUUUUAUCUCAGUUUCUCUCAUCUUAGGUGAUGGACUCUACAAUUUCGUCAAGGUUGUGUUUUUUUCGAUCACAAGUAUCUACGGUAGACUGAAGCACCAACACCAACGCCAGCGCCAGAACCUCAAAAUAGAUGUAGAUGGGCAGAGCAAGGCAAUUGAUGAUCUAAAACAAGAUGAAGUUUUCAUCAGAGAAAACAUUCCCCUCUGGAUAGGAGUCACUGGAUACAUCGUCUUUGCCAUUAUUUCUGUAACCGUGCUUCCAAUCAUGUUCCCGCAGCUAAAAUGGUACUUUGUUCUUGUAGCCUACAUCAUGGCUCCAUCUCUAGCAUUCUGUAACGCGUAUGGAACUGGUCUAACAGACAUCAACAUGGCAUAUAAUUACGGGAAGGUGGCACUGUUUAUGCUGGCUGCAUUGUCCGGCAAAGAGAAUGGAGUGGUGGCAGCGCUGGCAGGGUGUGGUAUCAUCAAAUCCGUCGCUUCAGUUUCUUGCAAUCUGAUGCAAGAUUUCAAAACGAGCUAUUUCACUAUGGCAUCUCCUCGUGCAAUGUUCUUGAGCCAGGCCAUCGGCACAGCGAUAGGCUGCAUCACGGCUCCUCUCAGUUUCUUCCUGUUCUACAGGGCGUUUGAUGUGGGAAACCCAAAAGGAGAAUACAAAGCCCCUUAUGCGCUAAUAUAUAGAAACAUGGCGAUCCUAGGGGUUGAGGGUGUGGCAGCUUUGCCACAGCAUUGCUUGCAGCUCUGCUACAGCUUCUUUGCCUUUGCGGUAGUAGUUAAUAUGGUUAAAGAUCUUUGCCCGCCUAAGAUCGGGAGAUGGAUGCCCCUUCCGAUGUGCAUGGCAGUGCCAUUUCUAGUCGGGGCAUACUUCGCUAUCGACAUGUGUUUGGGGACUUUGGUUGUGUUUCUAUGGCACAAGCUCGACACCAAUAAGGCUGAGUCAAUGGUUCCCGCCGUGGCUUCUGGUUUGCUUUGUGGAGAAGGGCUGUGGAUUCUUCCGGCAUCAAUACUUGCUUUAGCCAAAAUCAGUCCUCCAAUCUGUAUGAAGUUCUUGGCUUCAUAGAGGAAACUCCCAUAAAGAAAGGUUGUUGCAGGUGAGGGCAAAUUCAAUUUAUUCCGCAAAUGAAUGUUUCAGCAUUAAGAAAUGGUUUACCCAAACCAUGGGACCCAAUAUUGUAUCAAGUUGAAGUUUUAUAUCUAAUUUUCCUCCUAUUCUCUCGUCCA